AUGCUGUUUCGAUCGCUUGGCCUGGUCUCGUUGGCCGCCGUGGCCGCCGCUACCGCUUCUUGUGACGAUGAGGACGUAUCUCCGGCUCCUCGAUAUGUCAUGUACUACGAUCAAUACCACACGACGGGAAUUCCCGACAAGUCGAUCACCUCUGGCAUUACCCACGUAAUCACCGCUUUCGCCAACUCUUCUCUCUUUGCAUCCGAGCCCGCUGGCGAAUACAAGCCGUUCAAGGCCUUGGAGGAGAUUCGACCUCUUUUUGAUGAUGGCGUCAAGGUGUGCAUGGCAAUCGGUGGAUGGGGAGAUACCGAUGGAUUCGGCCUCGGUGCCGCUACCAACGAGGCCCGCAACAAGUUCGCCAAGAAUGUUGCGGAUACUGCCGUGAAGCUUGGAUACGACUGCGUUGAUGUUGAUUGGGAGUACCCUGGUGGCAACGGUGCCGACUACAAGCAAAAGCCCAACGGAAACAAGACUUCCGAGAUCAACACCUUCCCUCUGCUCUUGUCUGCCAUCAAGACUCAGUUGAAGCACCACAAGAUGGAGCUUUCCGUCACCGCCCCUGGACUUAAGCGCGACAUGAUUGCUUUCACCAAGCACCAUGUUCCCAAGAUCAACAAGGCCGUUGACCACUUCACUGUCAUGACCUACGAUUUGAUGAACCGCCGUGACAACCUUACUCUUCACCACACCGAUGUAAAGGGAUCGCUCGAGUCCAUUGACACUUACAUCGCGCUUGGUGUCGAGCCUGCCAAGAUCAACCUCGGUUUCGCUCUGUACGCCAAGUGGUUCACCACUGCUCCGGGUCAGCAGUGCACGUCCCCUAUCGGAUGCCCCACCGUUCUCCUCGAAGCUGCCGACGGAACUGACACGGGCAACUCUGGCGCCGUGACCUUCGAGACCGCCAACUUCCAAGAUGCUCCCACCAACCUGACCACCUCCACCGACGACUCCUGCGGUGCCGGCACUUUCCACAAGUGCCCUACCGGUAGCUGCUGCAGCCAGUACGGCUUCUGUGGCACCACUGCUGCUCACUGCGGUAACGGCUGCCAGUCCGACUACGGUGUCUGCAACGGUACUUCGACUCUCAAGUCCUUCAAGAAGGCCAUUGCCAACGGCCAGACUGAUGAGGAGAGAGGUGGCCAGUGGUACUGGGACCCUGCUGGUCCCUUCUUCUGGACCUGGGACACCCCCGCCCUCGUUACCCGCAAGUUCAACGACAUUGUCAAGGCUCGCGGCAUUGGUGGUGUUGCUGCCUGGAGCUUGGGCGAGGACUCUUACGAUUUCAGCCUUCUGAAGGCCAUCCAGGCCGGUGUUAAGGCGUGGCCCAAGCAGGAGUAA